CUGGCUAGACGUCACCGCUGAAAUACAUCCGUUUGUUCCUCGCUUGUUUGUGCUCGAAUUCAUCACCGGGGCGAGAAGAAAAAGACGCAGAAUGUUAAUUGUCGAUUUUAGACUUUAAAACUCCUUGUCCCCGCGUGGGUUAAGCCACUCUUUGUUAGGAAGUUUGAAUGCCGAGCGGGAGUGCGCCACUUUUCCAUCGGAGUUUAGUUGAAAAGUUGUCAUUCGUUUUUAUUUACGCGUAUUGCUUUGACAAAUUGCUUAAUUGAGUGAAAAGCACUCUCCUUGCGAGUCUGGUAUUUGUUUAAUUGUGUCACAGAACCACUCGAAGUCGUGUUUUGGAGGCUGACCUCAUUGUUGGAAGUUUGUUCACCGCGUGUCGUCCACACACAAAAGAACACAACUUUUAAAUCGUGUAACGUUUACGGGCACCGUGUCAAAUUGAGUUUUUAUGUGUUUACUGGCUAUUCCUGAUUAUUUUGGGUCUUAGGAGCCAGGAAGGGGGUUUAGAAGUUUUGCUUGUAAGGCGUACAAAGAAAGGCAAGCAGCCCCAGAUUCUUUUGUUUAGUCUGGAGACGCUGAUUUGCAACAGGUCUCCCCUCCCCCUCCUCCACCACUACCACCACCAUCUCCCCGGCCCACGUAAUUACCUCAUCCUGUUGGCUGCUCCACACUUUUCCCAAUAGAGUCACGGCCUGCUCAGUUUGGCUUUAUGGAGGUUAUUUGUCUGUUAAAUAGAGCCCCCCAAAAGUCUCACUUCCGGCAAAAGGUGAACUCACGUGGCCAGGAGCCAUUUAAAAACAAGAAACACGGAAAUGCACUUAGUUAACGAACUCCAAGAUGGCGGACGUUUGACCCAUAUCUGUCAAACAUUUAAUCACAAUUUCCUCACUACCUGGGUGGAAAUUAUUUACUUGGUGGAUAAAAAGUAGAAUACUGGUCAUUUCUAGUUUAUUCACAGCGCUUUGAGGCCUGAGAAACUUGCAGUCAAAUUGAGGUUUGAUGAUGCUGUCGGGGAGCGAGACGGACGACGACGAUGGCGUCGACACGCCUCUGGACUUGUCGUCCAGUGGCGGAGGUGCCGGUAAAAGAAAGCGGCGUGGUAAUCUGCCCAAAGAAUCGGUGCAGAUCCUCAGGGACUGGCUGUACGAGCACCGCUACAACGCGUACCCCUCAGAGCAGGAGAAAGCACUCCUCUCGAAACAGACGCAGCUUUCCACACUGCAGGUGUGCAAUUGGUUCAUCAACGCACGGCGACGACUCCUCCCUGAAAUGUUACGGAAAGACGGCAAGGACCCCAACCAGUUCACCAUCUCCAGGAAGUGCGGCAAGGCAGCCGACAGCUUCUCUGACAGUUCCCAGUCGCCCAAACACAGCAGCGGCAGCAGCCCGGCUAGGGGCGCCCACGAUGAUGGCGGCUACGAUAAACGGGUCCUACACCCUUCCUGCUUUGAACCCGCCACGCCUGGCGUCCUGAGGAAGGCAGUGUCGCCCUCAUCCUCUGUGACCUCUCCCACCUGCACGUCCCCCACAUCGGGCACCCUGCCCACCCGGCCGUCUGUCAUCUGUCACACCACUGUCGCCAGCCCGACCGCUCUGCAACCGUCGCCACUGAACUCUGACAAGGCGACCGAGCGGCUGCAGGCGGCGCAGGCACUUCUCAGGUGUCUGGAUAAAGGGGCGGGCGCCCAUCUCACCGCCGGUGCUACCACAACCAUCCUGGAGGGAAACCUGAGCCCCCGCAGCGGGCUCUUCAACACCCCUCCCCCGACCCCACCGGACCUCACACAGGACUUCAGUGGCUUCCAGCUUCUGGUGGACGUCGCCCUGAAGAGGGCCGCCGAGAUGGAGCUGCAGGCUAAACAGUUAGUCUCCUAAAAAUUCACAAACUGAAAACAACCCCAUCAUCAUUUCUAUCUUUUCUAAACCAAUCAAAUUGUUUUUGUUUUGUUAUUGAAAAACAACAGUAUCACGGUGCCUUGGCUCUAAAAUGUUUCUUCAUUUCAUAUUUGUAUUGACAUGUAUCUUAUUUGCACCCCGGGGACCAAAAAUAUGGGACAAAUGCUACCUGUCUUACGUCUUUCAUCCAAACACAUUUCAGGUCCUGAUGGAUUUCAGUGUCUUAACUUUUUUGUUUUUUUGCUCUUGGCAUCAACGUAUUCACUACUGUAGUUAAUGUUACAUUAUAGUUUGUCAUUUAGCGGUUUUAAAAUGUUCUUUUCUUGUUUUUACUCCUUCAUUGCCCACAUAAGGGACAUAUUCCAGAUGAAAAAUGUAGCAGGUUGGGCCAGUGGACUGGAUGAUGACACACUACGCGUUUCUUCACGUCGUUUUUAUUUUCUAUUAACAAAGCCCAGAAGAAACAUUCAUGUACAAUAGGACCACGUGUAUAGUUAAUGUGACGACAUGACACCCUCUGAUGUGAUUUCUUUUUCAUACUGUGCAAUGUUUGUGGCGAGCGAGAGGUCAUGCGGGAUUCAAAUAAAGUUCUGUUUUUUCUACA